AUGAGGUCCUCCCUACAGGCGGUGGCACUCUGGGGAAGGAAGGCACCUCCUCACAGCAUCACUGCCAUCAUGAUCACUGAUGACCAGCAAAUGAUUGUGACAGGAAGUCAAGAGGGUCAACUCUGCCUCUGGAAUCUCUCAUCUGAACUAAAGAUUUCGGCCAAAGAACUUCUUUUUGGUCAUUCAGCUUCAGUGACGUGUUUGGCGAGAGCGAGAGACUUCUCUAAACAGCCCUUCAUAGUUAGUGCUGCUGAAAAUGGGGAGAUGUGUGUUUGGAAUGUCACCAAUGGACAGUGCGUGGAGAAGGCCACACUUCCUUACAGGCACACUGCAAUCUGUUAUUACCACUGCUCAUUCCGGAUGAUAGGAGAAGGCUGGCUUCUGUGUUGUGGAGAAUAUCAAGAUGUUCUUAUAAUUGAUGCCAAAAGUUUGGUUAUUAUUCACACUUUCAUAUCAUCUCAGUCUCCGGAUUGGAUCAACUGCAUGUGCAUUGUUCACUCCAUGAGAAUUCAAGAAGAUUCUCUCUUGGUAGUGUCAGUAGCUGGUGAGCUCAAAGUAUGGGAUCUCUCUUCAUCUAUCAACAGCAUUCAGGAAAAGCAAGAUGUUUAUGAAAAGGAAUCCAAAUUUCUUAAUUCCCUGAACUGCCGAACAAUACGAUUUUGCACGUAUACAGAGAGACUUCUACUGGUGGUAUUUUCUAAAUGUUGGAAGGUUUACGAUUAUUGUGAUUUUUCUCUUCUUUGGACUGAAGUUAGUGGGAGCGGGCAGUUCUUUGCUGGUGGAGAGGUGCUUGCUGCUCACAGAAUCAUCAUUUGGACAGAAGAUGGUCACAGUUAUAUCUAUCAGCUGCUGAACAGUGGGCUUUCAAAAAGCAUAUACCCUGCUGAUGGAAGAGUGCUUAAAGAGACCAUUUAUCCUCAUUUACUGUGCUCUACUUCUGUGCAGGAAAAUAAGAGCCUUCCCUUUGUUAUGGGCUACAUGAAUGAAAGGAAAGAGCCUUUUUAUAAGGUACUUUUCUCUGGAGAAGUCUCAGGAAGAAUUACUUUGUGGCACAUCCCUGAUGUUCCUGUAUCCAAGUUUGAUGGUUCUCCUAAAGAGAUACCAAUAACUACCACCUGGACCCUUCAAGAUAAUUUUGAUAAGCAUCAUACCAUGUCACAAAGUAUUAUUGACUACUUCUCUGGUUUUAGAGAUGAGAAUGGAAUUGCGGUUGUCACUUCAUCAGAGUAUGUUCCAAGCCUUGAUAAACUAAUAUGUGGCUGUGAAGAUGGGACAAUUUUCAUUACACAGGCUUUGAAUGCUGCCAAAGCAGGACUUCUAGAAGGCGGUUCUUUACUAAAAGGUUCCCUUCCUCAGAAAGUUCUCAAAGGCCAUCACCACAGUGUUACUUCCUUGCUUUAUCCACAUGGUCUCUCUUCAAAAUUAGACCAAAGUUGGCUGGUGUCUGGGGACCAGGACUCAUGGGUCAUCUUGUGGGAUAUCUUUACUGAAGAAAUUUUGCAUAAAUUCUUUUUGCAAGCUGGUAUAGUAAUGAGUCUUUUGAUGUCACCAGAGAAUUUCAAACUACGAAGUCAUCAGGUAAUUUGCUGUGUGUGCAGUGACCAUUCCGUGGCUCUCCUUCACCUUGAGGGGAGGAGGUGCCUCCUGAGCGCCCGAAAGCACCUUUUCCCUGUGAAGAUGAUAAAAUGGCAUCCCGUCGAGAACUUUCUAAUUGUUGGAUGUGCAGAUGACUCUGUAUACAUCUGGGAAAUUGAGACAGGCACUUUGGAAAGACAUGAAAGGGGAGAAAGAGCAAGGAUUAUUCUUAAUUGUUGUGAUGAUUCACAGCUUCUAAAGCCUGAAUCUGUACUUCCAGUUGCCUCAGAGACACGUAAGCACAAAAGUGUAGAACAGAGGUCCCCCAGCUCCUGCCAGUUUGGGCCAAUACCUUGCCCUGGUCUGCAGGUGGAGUCUUCAUGCAAGGUCGCUGAUGCCAAGUGUUUCUCAGGACCUUUUAAUGUCUUGCCUGUGAAGACAAAAUGGAGUAACAUUGGUUUUCAUAUCCUUCUAUUUGAUCUGGAAAACCUUGUUGAACUUUUGCUGCCAACUCCAAUCUGUGACGUUGACCCUUCCAAUUCAUUCUAUGGCAGUGAGAUCCUGAGAAGAGCCAAAAGCACAGUAGAGAAGAAAACACUGACACUGAAAAGAAAUAAAACUGCCUGUGGUCCUCUCUCAGUGGAGGCACAAGCCAAGCCUGUUAGUGAAAGCCCAGCCCAAGGAGAAAAUACCAUGAAGUUAUCAGAAGAAAAUGAUGGCAUUAAAAGGCAGAAGAAAAUAAAGAGCUCCAAAAAGAUGCACCCUAAGCAAUCUAGAAAAGUCAAUGCCAACCUCACAAUAGACACAGCUAAAUUGCUCCUAUCUUGCCUUUUGCCAUGGGGAGUGGAUAAAGAAUUAGACAAUCUUUGCAUUAAGCAUCUCAAUAUUUUAAAACUUCAGGGUCCCGUUUCUUUAGGACUUGCUUCAAAUGAAGAUCACUUCUCAUUGAUGCUGCCAGGUUGGGAUUUAUGCAAUGCUGAAAUGAAAAAAGACUAUUCAAAAGUAAAUUUGUUUUCCAGAAAAGUUUUGGACUUGUCAAAUAAAUACACUUCCACUCUUCCAAAUCAGGCUGGGAUGCCAAGAAGACUGGAAAAUAAUUCUGAUUCUUUGCAAGAGCCAAACACUAUCUUUUACUUAUUGAGCAAACUAUUUUUAGUUAAUAAGUUAGUUAACAUGCCUUUAGAACUGGCAUGUGGAAUUGACAGUUCUUUCACAAUGGAGUCUGUGCAUAAGAAGAUGAAAAGUCCUGGGAAUGAUAUUUUAAAUAUUUCAAGCUUCUAUGGUUAUUUACAAAAUGGUAAGAGUGAAUCCCAUCUACCUGAAGCUGACGUUUCACUUUUGAAGCUAAUUUCCUGUUGGAAAGACCAGUCUGUCCAGGUAACUGAAGCAAUACAAGCUGUUCUUUUGGCGGAAGUUCAACAGCACAUGAAAACCUUAAGAAAGACUCCAGUCGACAGUGAACCAGUGUCGGUGGCAGAGAAUGGUGACUAUGAGAUGACACAGAUCCUGCCAAAGACUGAAUGGGCCAAGGAGCCAGAAUUACAGUGUAUUACAGACACUUUGCCUCUGCAAACUCCAGUCAGUCCGGUCAAGCAUGACAGCAGCUCAAACUCGGCAAACUUCCAAGACACCGAGGACAUGCCUGACAGAUGUGUCUUGGAAGAGUCUGAGAAUCCAGGUGAACGAAGGCAUCAUUUAUGGAUAGCAAAGGUGUGCUCCUGCAAGCUGUGCUAA